AACACUUCUGGCGCCGUAUUCGUUCAGUUUUUCAAAUUGAGGCUGUAAAGUUCUAGCCGUGUGUUCUGUUUAGGUUACUUUUAUUGUUAGUUUUUAUUUUAUUUUUUUGCGUUAGUAAUUAGAUACUUCGAUACAGAAACAACAAUAAGGACAUGUUAUUGUUUUUUUAGGUUAUUUUCCCUGAGUAACAUAAUAUAACAUAUAAGAUAACAAUAGCUAGCUUAUUGCUGAAGUUGCCCCUCUGGCGCUAAAUCAGUAUUCAUUCAUAAAGGUUUUCUUUUUCCCCUGACAGUUUCUGGACAAGACCCUUUAGAGAGUGGUGUCGUCUAUGCUCCUAGCUCCUUUAAAGUCAUGUUUUUGUCCUGACAGAGGGACUGAAGUGUAGUGAAUAAUGAGUAAUGUACAGUGUACUGAUGAAGCCUGCACUCCGGGGAGCAGCGCACGAGCCGCCGAGGGCACGGGGCAGUUCCACGAGCUGCUCGAGCUCCUCAGAGACUGUCAUGCUAAUGCAGUGCAAGAAUUGCAGUUAAAGGUGAAUAAACUGAAGAAGGAGCGUUGUUCUGAUGCCCAAAGACUGGAGGAGUUUUAUAAAAAGAAUCAGCAUUUACGUGAGCAACAGAAAACACUGCAGGAAUCCAUCAAAGUACUGAAGGAAAGAUUGCAGUCUGGACCGUGUGAUCGCUGCAGAGAAACGGAGAAGCAGAUGAAAAAAACACAAGCUGCUUUUGAAAAUCUUCCACUCCUCAAUGAACUGCAGACGGAGAGAAAUAUGCUUAAAGAAGAGAACAGGAAGCUCAGUCUUCAGCUUGAGCGGUUACGUGGACAAAUUUGCCAGCAGACUUCAUUCUCAGAGCCAGAGGAAGGCGUGAUCCCAGACUCACCAAAGCAGCCACUGUCCUUUCCUGUUGUCAACAAGAUGAUGAAGCGCAAGAGAGAUCAGAGCCACGUUCGCUAUGCUGAAAAACUGCUGCCACUACCUGACCCCCAGAAAAGAGAGCUAACUACAUCGUUGGGCUUUGAAACUGGAGCUGUGCUUGUUCCAGAGACAUGUGAUAUGGAUGUGACGUGUAUUUCAAAGAGCAAUACCAAGACUCAUGGCAGAACUGUGGUUUCAGAAAGCUGCCAUAUAGACCUAAAUUCUGAGCAGAUACCUGUGAGUGAUGUAAACUCUGAGAGCUUUCUCUGUGAACCUAAGCACACGGCAAAGAAUUUCACUAGUAGUUGUUCAGGGACUGAUGAGCAGAAUAAGGGGAAGAAUCAUGAUGACACAAAGUCUUCACAGAAACAGUCAGGCAAGCACUCUGAGCAGGUAAAUAUCCAGGAUUCAUGCAAAAGAAGAAGCUGGGAGACAGAACAGACCAAGCCUGAUGGUCCAUGUACGAGUCCACAUACUCCAUGUAUGAGUCCUUUACCAAGCCUGGAUUGUAGUCCAAAUGAUGAGAGCUGGAGCAUGGACCCAGGAGCUGCUCUGUCCCAAUAUGAUACAAAUGUAUUUCCUCAUCCAGAGCCCAAAAUACAGACAGAGACUGUAGACAUGGACUGUACAUAUGUGAGUCAUAGCUUGCUAAUAGCUCAAAGAAAGGAAAGGAAAUUGGACCAGGCUAACAUCACAGGAAUAGGGCAGAAGGCUAAUGACAGCUUAGCAAAUAUUUUUGAUACCACCGGGCAAGAAGAUUAUGAGUCCUGUCCUCAGGAUGAGACAAGUGCCUUGGAAAAGGAGAAUGUUCCUGAGAAUGAGGAGGAGGAAUGUCAAGAACAGUAUGAGGACAUAAAACAAGAUGAACAGAUGGAGGAAGAUGGAGAGGAAGCACAGUUUAUGGAUGAAGAGGAUCCCACUGGAGAUCCUGCUCAGAGUGCUAAGAACACAUCUGUUGCUUGUGUGCUAGUUGUACGCAAGAAAGCUGAACGAAGAAAACUUCAAGGCCACACAUGCAAAGAAUGUGAGAUUUAUUAUGCAGAUCUCCCUGAGGAAGAGAGAAGGAAGAAACUGACGUCCUGCUCACGGCAUCGCUUUCGGUACAUUCCCCCUUCCACCCCGGAGAACUUCUGGGACGUGGGCUUCCCUUCUACACAGACCUGCAUGGAGAGAGGAUACAUCAAAGAGGACAAUGAGGCAGAUCCACGUUUGAGGAGGAGGAGACCUUACCUUGCUACAUUCUCACCAAAAGUAUUGUAGCAGCACCAUGUACACCUUGGUAGAAACUCCUCAUAGGGGAUUAAUAUAUAUUAAUAUCCUUGUGUGGUUUUUUGUGUACAGAACACGAUACUGCUCUUUAACCUGUGGAAAUUAAUCCAGUUUUGUUCUGAAAGCUAAUUAUUUUUAGCUGAUGUUUCUGUGUGUUUACUGAUGCUGGUUGUAAAUAUGAAGAUUUUGUUUAAAAAAAAUGCUGAAAUA